UUUUCCGGCAAUCAUACUCUCUCUUUAUCUAUCUUUACGUAAAAAAUUUCCUCCGCCUUCUUGUCCUUCCCAUAAUCAGUUUUGAUUAUCUCUAUCUGGUGCAAUUUUUCUAGUGUUGCGUUAAGUAUGACCGCUGUUGGAAUUUAAGCCUCACACUACUGUCAGUCAGGCUCCAGGGAUUGGAAGAGAUUAGAAAAUAUCCUCGUUUUUCUCUUUCUCACGUAUGAUUUCUAUCACUUUGUGUAAUUCGUUGUUAAAGUAUCAAAAGUUAAUUUUGUGUCCAACCCCAUAAUGUAAUCGAUCCCACAUUUCAUUCUACAGGUGGAUAGGACAAUGUUUGCAUCGUUACUGUUCCAAAUUUGUUUCAAGAAAAGCGCUGUAUCAAGAAUGGAUGUUGUUCGUAGUGUCUCAAGUGAUUCAUCAUGGUUAAACAAAGUUGUGAUUUUAUCAAAAAUGACCCGAUGGGAGUUGGAAAAGAUGAACUACCCAGACUUGUCCGAAGGGCAAUUCAUGGAUGUUUUAAAGAAAAGAGGCUCGGAUAUUAAAAGACUCAUUGCCUUUCAUGAUUCCCAGAAAGAGGUUGAAACAAUAGUCACUAAUACUCUUCAGGAACUAAAAAUAGAGUCAAGAACUGUGAAUAGACUAACAUACAAAGAGGAGGAUGUAGCAUGGGCUGAUGCCGUUAUACCUGUCGGAGGAGACGGCACCUUCUUAGUUGCUGCAAGUAAGGUUCUUAAUCGGAAGAAACCUGUCAUUGGUUUUAACUCAGAUUUGCAACAUUCCAAAGGCCAUCUAUGUCUACCUAAAAACUGUUCGCUGAAUCCUCGCACCAUCAAAGAAACGUUAGAGAAAUUAAAACAGGGUCAAUUUUCAUGGAUGUACCGAACACGAAUCCGUACAACAUUAAAUGGAGAUGGCGAACCUCCCGUUGAACUUCACUACAGACGUAGGAACUUGUAUCAACCUCGUGAUGAAAUUGAGGAUGGAAAUAAAUCUCCUAAAACCAUAGUUCUACCAGAGUUAGCGCUGAAUGAGGUGUUCGCAGGUGAGCUGUUGUCAGCUAGAGUCUCUAACAUUGACUUGAAAGUCGAUGAUGCUAAUGAAAUUCCAGUGAAAUGCUCCGGAAUGCUCGUAAGCACAGGGACGGGCUCAACCUCUUGGCAUUACACUCACAAUCAACUAGCAACACAGACAGUCCGGAAGCUUCUCUCUUUUGCUGGUGCAGAUCCAAACAAGGCUUAUGAUGUUGCUCGCACUUACAAUUCGAACCUAAUUUUUAAUCCAGAGGAUCCUCGUCUAGGAUUCACUGUUCGAGACAUCAUUGAAGAAGAUCCAUCCCAUAUCCCCAGUGGAUUUGCAGAUAAAGUGACGAUCAAAUCAAAGUGUCUCGAUGCAAGUUUGGUGAUAGAUGGUGGAAUGUCCUAUAACUUCAACGAAGGAACUGUUGCGAUGUUCGAAACAAGACCAGAGGAUGCCUUGAAAACCGUCGUCUUAACACCUUGAUGUUUUUGUGAUCAUUAUUUAUUUUUACAAUUUCUUAUUUGUUUUCUCAGAUUUGACUGAAAUUCAGUCGCAUGAUUUUGUGUUCCUCACUCAAUUCAUGUUUUAAUAGACGGCUGUACUUUUCGGAAAUUUUGCGUAAAGAUUUUUACUAAUUAAUUAUCUUUUUCAUGACCAGAUUUUGAGAUGGUCAUUUUUGUGGUCCAAUGAGCCACAAUUUCACUGGCCACAAUGCACCUGCACACAUUCGCAGUAAUUAGAAUUGACUUUUCGAUUGUUCUGAAAAGAUAUAGCUGUUAUCUAUUAAUUUCUCAUGAAAAUAAGUUGAAAUCACUAAGUACUUACCAACUUGAGAUAGCUAAUGCAGGAAAUAACAGAGUUAAAAAGCAGUCCAAUUAAAAGAAAACUGUACCAAAUUCAGCUUUCGUAAAGUAGCAAGUGAGCUGGUUCCCUUGUUAUCCAAACACUUAUUUUUACCCUUUUAUUAUUGAGGUCAGUGCAUUUCAGAGAUAAAUUCAUCUGACAAAACUGAAAUAUUAUGCGUUCAAUGCAGUUUGAAACGUGUUUGCAACAUAAGGUGCCCGAGUUUUGUUAAUGAAAAAUUAUGCAGUGACAAAACUCACAACUGGUGUUUGACAGAGUAACGGGGACGUCGUUAUCCGUGCCCUGUCCUCAAUGUUUGCAAAAGCCUAUGUAAAGCCUAAAACUUUUAGAAAAAAUUGAAGGAAACAUUUGAAAAGUGGAUGAAAACAGAGAAAGAAACAGUUCAAGAAAUUUUUAAAGGAUUUUUAAGUUUUUACAAACUCAUACAGAAUCGUAAAUCUCAAAUUAUUAAGUCAAAUCCAUCAUCAUUUCCCGGUAUUAAUUCACGUUUACCAUAAGUCCUUAAAUCAAACUCUUAAUGAUUUCAUAAUGAAGGUUGACAUAAUAAUUUGACAUUGUCCUUCAGGCGAGUGUCAUGUUGCCUGGAUUUGAUAUCGAAGGCUAAAGUCGAAAAAUGUGUAUCUCAGAUUGCAACGUUACAAGUCUCUGUUCAUGAUUUAUUUUCUAAACAAAAACUAUUAAAAAAUUUGUAUCUAAAUUUACUGUGAAUUUCCUUCCCUUAUUCUAUACAAAAAUGACACAAAAUUGCAAGGGAUUAUUUUGAUUAGUUUUCCUUGAGAAAAAUAAAACAUAAUUGAAGAUUUUUAAACGAUGCAAUUGGGAUACACAUUUUCUGCAUUUAGCCGUCAAUAUUUUUUUUAUUCUCUAAUUGUAGCUAAUUUCCUCUGUUUGCAUUUACAGCGGCAUGAACUUAUUGAUUUAAGAUUUUACAAAAUGAGCAAGCUCUUUUCCUUGAUUAUCAAAAUCAAAACUUUGAGUAAAACUUGAGGCAGCUUAGUUUGAAAAAUCAAUUUAAUUGCAUGAAAAACAAAACGACUCAUCAAUUUGUUAGUAAUUUGAUUCUAUAUAAAUGGACGAAUUCAAUCAGAGGAAGCUUCAUUACAUUCUUUUUUGCCUAAUUAUUUCGCAUGUUUAAUUUUUUUAACGAAUAACUGAACAACAUGACGUCAUGAAAUUUGCUCUGAAUUUUCGCUCAAAAGUUGAUGAAGAUCAUCCUAACUUCCUGCAUAAAAUGAGUUUGCGAAUAAAUGUUGAUCAACCUUUUUCACAUAUCUAUAGAUGCAAAUAAAAAUUGGGCGUUGAGUGAAAAGCUUUAACGAUGGAUUUCGACCAAUUUCAAUCUAAGACUCAUUAUGAAAUCUACCUAGUUAAAUGUAAUGUUUUCUGGGGGUCAAAUUUUCGUUACCCCUUUUUGCCUCUAAGUCAUACGAUAGAUCAUUAAGUGCUCUUUACUUUGUUAUCGUUAUUUUUUUCUAGCUUUUUAUUGAUCAAUUCUUUAAAUUUUUUCCACCUUUUUUUCAUGUGAAAUUAUUUUUCUAGCGUUGAAGUUUUAUAAAAUGUUAUUCAAAAAUAACUUUUUGGAAAAAAAAGAUUAUUGGUAAAAAUUA